AUUUCCCAAAAGCCACAGAACAUUUGGAACAACUUCCUGUGAAGCACUUCACACACAGAAAACAAAGCAAGUCUUUAUAGAACCUGAAUCUGGAUUUUGGAUGGUCAUGACCUUGAAUGUCCCUUGUCAACAGAAAACCAGAGAUGGUCAAGUUUAUAUGGAGUAUUUAACUGAUGAAAUACAGGAUCAUGUGUAUCAGUCUCUUUUGCUCAAGUCUUAUCGAAUGUUUACUCUAAUGAAUGGUACUUUUAAUUCUGUUGUUGGAGAGGACAAAGACAUUGCAUCAUUGAAGAAAAGCUUGUGCCAGUUUUUUGAUUCUUACCUCUUAAAUUUAAAGUCAAGUGAUGCUGAUCUUCUGGAUGUUUUUCAAGGAAUCCAUUUUUUACCCCUUGAGCGAUAUUCCUUUCUAAAAAUACUAUGUUUUAUAAACCAAAUUCAAGAGAAGUUUAGAUGUAUCCAGUAUUCAAUUUUCCUGUACAAUGAUCAGCUAGUUUGGAGUGGAUUGGAACCAGAAGAUAUGCAGAUUUUGUAUCAGCAUCUUUCUUUGGAUCUUAUACCAUCAUUCAUUGAUUCUGAAUUGAAAGGUGGUGUAUAUUCUCCUUCCAGGAUUAGUCCCAUGGGUUCUGGAGUUCAUUUUGGAAGAUUUAUGACGGGACCUAAAUCUAUGGAAGAUACUGAUGGAUUAAAGAAUACACCAAAGAUUUUCUUGAAUGGUGGUAAAAUAAGCUGCCAUCUCAUUGCAUAUAGAGCAUUAAAUGCAACUUUUUGUCUUUUAAUAGAUGAUUCUGUUGAACUGCAUUUGGAUUUAUUUAAAAGCUUAGAUGCAGAAAUUGGGCCACAGUUAUCAACUUUAGCUUCUGAGAUAGGGGAGCAGUAUACCAAAACAAUAGCUCAGUUAAAUAAUGAACAACAAAGCAAAUUUAUGUAUAUGUAUUUUAAUCAUAUGAAUCUGGCAGAAAAGACUACAAUGCAUUCUGAAAUGAAAAGAAAUGGACAUGCUCUCAUAUCUAGUGAUAUAAUGAAGCUGUUUGCUGAUAUUUCAUGUGAUCUUAUGAAGAUGAAAGAUUUUGGUGAAAUUAUUGGAAAGACACUCUCUGACUGUUGGAUUGUUGGGAAGCUUUCUGACCAGCGAGAAUUGUAUGUUGUUUUACAACAAAAGAAUGCCAAUAUUGUUGAUGUGAAUGAGGAACUGAAAAAACUCAGCAUUUCCCAUUUCCAAAGCAUAUUCAUCAUAGAUUAAAACUUUGCAUUGUUAUUAUUUUUUGUUAAUGUGAUAUCUAAGUUAUGUAAGUAAUUUAUAAAGCAUAUGUAAAUAUAAUUUAAACAUGUUAUUUAUAUAUAUAUAUAUAUAUGUAUAUCAUGCUUUCAGAAAUUUAGUGGUUAUAAAUGUCCAUGGAGUCUAUGAUUUCAUUUUCUUCAAUAAAAUAUAUUUUCAUACACAA